AUGAGUUUCCUCCGCACUACCCUCCGCCAAUCCAGCCGUGGAAUCCGCCAAUUCCACUCUACGCCAGCUAGGUUCAUUGCUGUCGGUGAUGCUAUCCCAGCCGUUGAAUUGAAGGAGGAUUCACCAGGCAAUGUGGUUGAUAUCGCUUCUGAGGUUGCGGGGUUGAAGAAGGCGGUUAUUGUUGGAGUGCCAGCUGCUUUUAGCCCUGCUUGUUCGGCGACACAUGUACCCGGAUAUAUCGCACACAAGGACAUCAAGAGCACACCGACAUACGUUAUCGCCGUGAAUGAUCCGUUUGUUAUGAAGGCAUGGAAGGAAUCUAUUCCCGGAGCUAAAGAAUCUGGUAUCCGCUUCUUGGCCGACGGUACCGGUGACUUUGCAAAGAAAAUGGGUAUGACUUUUGAAAAGUCUGUUGGAAUUUUUGGGAAUUUGAGGAAUAAGAGAUAUGCGGUUGUGGUUGAGAAUGGGAAGGUGAGCAAGGUGUUUGAGGAGGGUGAUAAUACUGGGGUUAAUGAUACUGUCGCAGAGAAGGUAUUGUAA